AGUCGUCGUCGUCGUAUGGCCAGGCUCGAUGCGCAAUCUCCUUCGCAAUCCCCUCUCCUCCUCGUCAUCAUCUCACCACCAUACGGACCCCGCAUUCCCCCUCCCCUGGAUUCCUUCUCCUGGCUCUGCUUCUGCGCGUGCCAUCCAUCCCCUACGUUGGCUUUGCGCAACCUCAGGUCCAGCGCCUCCAGAAUUCCAUCGCCUUUGUCCUCCGCUCUCCCUUUCUCUUUCACCUUUACGAACGUCCUCUCAGGGUGGAACAAUUCUUGUGAUUUUCUUGUAGACCGGGUAUCCUACUCUGCUAUGGCGACGGUGUGUAAUUUGACAGGGGCAGCCAAGGUUUCGGCUCCUCUGGCCCUCUCCGGAGGUCUGUCCGAGAAACGAGUCGAUUCUUCCUUGUCCGCAUGUGGGGUAUCCCUUAGAACUCAUCCUCGGGGAAAACGCUUGAACGGAUUAAGGCAUGUAUGUAAGCGUGUCCGGUGCGACGCUUCCCAUGCAGCCGAAGAGCGUGCUCAAGAGAUCGAUACGAGAGAGUUUCGCAAGGCGUUGACGAGGGGAGAGAAGUACAACAAGACUGGAUAUGGAUACAAGAAGGAGAUGCUUGAUAAAAUGAGCGUGGAGUACACCAGCAACCUCGUGAAGACGCUGAAGGAGAACAACUUCGAGUAUACUUGGGGGAAUGUGACUGUGAAGCUGGCCAACUCAUAUGGCUUCUGUUGGGGAGUGGAGAGGGCCGUGCAAAUCGCCUAUGAGGCUCGCAAGCAGUUUCCAGAGCAGAAGUUGUGGCUUACUAAUGAGAUCAUCCACAAUCCAACAGUCAAUCAGAAGAUGACUGAUAUGGGCAUAAGCGAAUUGUCAGUUACUGAGAAUGGAAAGGACUUCUCUGUCGUAGACCAAGGUGAUGUUGUUAUUCUGCCAGCAUUUGGUGCCUCGGUUCAGGAAAUGCAGAUUCUUGACGACAAAAAAGUACAAAUUGUAGACACGACCUGCCCGUGGGUGUCGAAGGUCUGGAACACAGUGGAGAAGCACAAAAAGGGCACCUACACGUCUGUAAUUCAUGGGAAAUAUGCUCACGAGGAGACUGUUGCCACUGCUUCUUUUGCUGGAAAAUACAUCAUUGCGAAGAACAUCAAAGAGGCAACCUAUAUUUGCGAUUACAUUUUGGGUGGAAAGCUAGAUGGCUCCAGUGGGACGAAAGAAGAUUUUCUUGAAAAAUUCAAGUAUGCCAUUUCCAAGGGCUUUGACCCAGAUACAGAUUUGGAGAAAGUUGGAAUUGCUAAUCAAACAACAAUGCUGAAGGGGGAGACUGAAGAAAUUGGAAAACUACUGGAGAAGACGAUGAUGCAAAAGUAUGGUGUAGAAAAUGUCACUAAUCAUUUCAUGAGCUUUAACACCAUCUGUGAUGCAACCCAGGAGAGACAAGAUGCCAUGUUCAAGCUUGUAGAAGACAAAGUGGAUUUGAUUCUGGUGGUGGGAGGUUGGAACUCCAGCAACACUUCUCAUUUACAAGAAAUUGCAGAACUCAAGGGAGUUCCCUCCUACUGGAUAGAUACAGAGGAGCGGAUGCUAUCCGGGAAAAGAAUCGCCUUCAAGCUGAACCAUGGUGAAUACGUUGAGAAGGACGACUGGCUCCCUGAGGGUCCCAUUACAGUCGGUAUCACCUCUGGUGCUUCCACUCCUGACAAGGUUGUGGAGGAUGUACUGCAGCGCCUGUUCCAAUUCAAGCGCGAAGAGGUACUUCAAUCUGUUUAAGUAAUCUGUAGGGUAGAAGCUAUGUCCGAAACUUGUUCUUGACAACUCUAGUGCUUAAUGGAGGGUACUUUCCGGACUUGUAUUCCUAGAUGAGAUUUAGAGCCUAGCUAGCAUUUCAGGAUCUGACCUGAAAAUCGCCUCAUUAUUGAACUUGAUCACCUCCAACAGAUUUGACAAUAUUUGUAAAGUACUCAUGUUAAGUUCCUCCAGAUCACUAUAACUUGAUGUUCCUUUAAGAUGCUGACAUAGCACAUAGGAAACAUGAUGUAGACUGUAAUUUUUCAAGGCAAUAAACAGACCAUGAAUCUCA